AUGCCCUCCCAUCUUGCGAACUUCUCGACUGGAAGCAAGAAUUUGAAACAAGUCAAAGCCCAAAUCAUCCGUGGCAUUAACGCCGGCUGCACCGAACCUGUUAGGUUCAACCACAUUGCUUCCGAGACAUUUUCCCAGCUCCAGGACGAUCGUUCUCCGACCAAAUCCCAUUGCAAAUACAUCUACGAUUUCGAGAAAAGAAUACUCUGCGUCCGAAUUCCAACCGACGCCCAUGAAGCCCUUGCAUCGAUACUUCGCGACCUGAUCAAUGACCAACUGAGGUCGGCCGGCGUACUUUGGACAAAAGUUGCUUCAAGCGGCUCCCCUAGCAUCAAACUAGGAAGCAAAGCGGCGCAGCCUGAUGGCUGUUUCAUGCCCAUUGACAAGAGAGGGAAAACAGUUUGCAUCGAGGUUGGGAAUUCUCAGACUGAAACGGGACUCAUACGAGUUGCUCACCACUGGCUUGAACAUCCUGAGUCCACAAUCCUGAUCUGCCUGCUUGUCAAAUUGAGCGCUGAUAAAAACGCCAUUACGCUCUCAGUCUGGCGGCCAACUGAGCAUCAUGAGUCUAGCCAGCAGCUUCGAUUCCAACGUGUUCACGCAACCAUGACUGAGUCGGUGAAAAUCAUGCGUGCGGAUCCAGAUCACACUGUGCAGUUCACCAAAUGCUCCGAUUUGCAUCCAAAUGAAAUACGACUCCCAAUCACCGCAUUCACUGGUGAACAAACUUCGUCUGCUGCAGUGGAAAAUGUCAUACUGGAUGAACCUGUUUUACGUCAGAUUGGACUACGUCUGUGGCUAUUCUGUCAUGGCUUCGAUUAA